ACAUCGGUGGCAACUGUAGUUACGUAUACACUGUGCUAUUUCCCUUGGAAGGAGCUGCUGACUGUUUCUUGACGCCUGGUGAAGCUGUAACUGUUCACAAGUCAGCAUUUGACCUUGCACAGAAAGAUGGACUUGAAUGGAGAAUGGAACUUGGAUGAUAUCAGCUGGUUGACCCACAGUGGGAUCCUUCAUUUUGUCAAUGUGUUAAGAGAGGCGGAGAUUUCCAAAGGUGUUCCAGCAAUUUUUGGUGCCCACCAGUUGGGGCCCCCAUCAAUUUGCUAUACUUCCAGUACUCCUGCCCAAAUACUGGAAGAGAGUGGCUGUCUUAACACUGAUCUACAGCUGUUUGGCAGUAAGCAAGAUGGUUCCCCAUUAAUGCUUGAAGUGGUUGGUGAUAUUGAAGCUGAAGACUCUCUGUGCAACUUCAACCCUCCAAGCUUCCUCCAGGUCUCAGAGGUGGAAAUGAGAGGUUCGGAGGAUGUUGCCCCUGGCACUGUGUUACAACGGUUGAUCCAGGAGCUGCGUUAUGGCAACCCGAACGAGAACAUGAACCUGCUGGCCAUCCAGCAGCAGGCCACAGGGAGCGCGGCACCAUCCAACUCCAUUGCCAGCACGCUUUCCUGUUCCACGGAGAACCUGGUGCUGGAAGACCCACAAAUGGUCCAACAGUCGGCACGCCAAGAACCACAGGGCCAGGAGCACCAAGGGGAUAAUUCUGUGAUGGAGAAGCAGACCAGGGGCUCUCAGCCUCAGCAGAACAAUGAGGAACUACCAACUUACGAAGAGGCUAAAGCCCAGUCUCAGUUUUUCAGAGGUCAACAGCAGCAGCAGCAGCCAUCACCCAGCACUGUUGGACCCAAUUUUUAUGUGGCUGGGAACUCUUGUCCAAAAUCUAGAACAGAAGGGAGGCCAACUUUGGCCCGUGCCAACAGUGGACAGGCGCCUAAAGAUGAAGUACUUAAGGAGCUGAAGCAAGGCCAUGUCCGCUCUUUAAGCGAGAGGAUAAUGCAGUUGUCAUUGGAGAGAAAUGGUGCCAAACAGCAGCCCCCUGCCUUGGGGAGAGGCAAAGGGUUCAAAGCAGGUGGGCCUCCCUCCUCUCAAGCUGCCAGUAAAGGCUUAGAUCUGAGGGGUCCACCUCCAGACUAUCCAUAUAAAAACAAGCAGGUGGUUUCUCCACUCAGCAAAACUCAGGAGCAUGGGGUGUUUUUUAAUGACCAUUCUGGAAUGAUCCAGGAAGGUAUGAAUCCCUCCUAUUCAGCUGCACAACUUGCCAGGAGUGAAGUCGCUGUUGUCCGCUAUCAACCUCCACCAGAAUAUGGUCUGAGCAGCCGUCAAUGCCAGUCAUCUUUCCCAUCAAUGCCAGCACAACAACAGCAUAGUCCGAUGUCAUCCCAGGCCUCCUCUCUUAGCGGACCAUUGCAUUCCACAUCUUUGCCACCCCUCUCGAUGGCCACAACAUCCCAGUCUUUGCCUGCAACGCCACCAGGCCAGCAACAGCAGCAGCAGCUCUCACCAGAUGCAUUUACUAUAGUGCAGCGAGCCCAGCAAAUGGUGGAGAUGCUAUCAGAAGACAAUGAGGCCUUGCAGAAGGAGCUGGAGGGCUACUAUGAGAAAGCUGACAAACUUGAGAAGUUUGAACAGAAAAUCCAGAAGAUUUCGGAAGCUUAUGAAGACCUAGUGAAGACUACCACCAAGAGAGAGUCAUUAGACAAGGCAAUGCGUAACAAACUUGAAGGGGAAAUUAGGAGGCUCCAUGAUUUCAACAGGGACUUGCGUGAGCGAUUAGAGACUGCCAAUAGGCAGCUUGCCUGCCGAGAGUUCGAUGGACAUGAAGAUAAGGCAACAGAAGAUCUUUAUGCUUCUCAGAACAAAGAAUAUCUGAAAGAGAAAGAGAAACUAGAAAUGGACUUGGCGUCCAUGCGCCUGACCAAUGAGGAGCAGAGAAGGCACAUAGAAAUCCUGGACCAGGCUCUGAACAGUGCACAAGCUAAAGUAAUCAAACUGGAAGAAGAGCUGCGGAAAAAGCAAGCACACGUUGAGAAGGUAGAGAAGCUUCAGCAGGCACUGACACAGCUUCAGGCGGCCUAUGAGAAGCGAGAGCAGAUGGAGCGUCGGCUUCGUACAAGGCUGGAGAGAGAGCUGGAAUCCUUGAGGCUCCAGCAGAGGCAAGGAAACUACCAGGCUGCCACCUUACCAGAGUACAAUGUGCCUGCAUUAAUGGAGUUAGUAAGGGAGAAGGAGGAGAGGAUUUUGGCUCUGGAAGCUGACAUGACCAAAUGGGAGCAAAAAUACCUAGAGGAGAGUGCAAUCCGGCACUUCGCCAUGAAUGCUGCAGCCGCUAGUACAACAGAAAAGGAAACCUCAGCCACUAAUCAUUCACGGAAUGGCAGCUAUAGUGAGAGUUCUCUGGAGGUCCGUAUGUGGCAAGAAGAAGAAGAGAUUAUGCAAGCCAACCGGAGGUGUCAAGACAUGGAGUACACGAUAAAGAAUCUGCAUGCAAAAAUAAUUGAGAAGGAUGCCAUGAUCAAGGUCCUCCAGCAAAGGUCCAGGAAGGAUCCUGGCAAAACUGAUACCGCGAGUUUGCGGCCUGCUCGAUCAGUUCCAUCAAUUGCUGCAGCGGCAACUGGGACUCAUUCCCGCCAGACUUCCCUCACCAGUAACCAAAUGGCUGAGGAGAAGAAAGAUGACAAGACCUGGAAAGGAAGCAUAGGAUUGCUCUUAGGGAAGGAUACCAAUGACCAGUCAUCCAUACCUUCACUGCCUCCUCCACCUCCCACUUUGCUGUCCCCAACAUCUUCAUGGCCAGUGACCAUCUGCCAUACAAAAAUGGGCAGCAAAGACAACAGCACUCAGACAGACAAGGGCUCUGACCUUUUCUGGCCAAAUACAGCUUCUUUUCCAGGCCGAGGCAAAUUGAGUAACACUCCAGGUGGCAGUCCAGCACUGAGGCACACUGGAACCAAAGGCACUGUAGAGAGACCUGAGAAUUCUCCCAGCCAUGGGAAGCUACCUGAGAACAAAGGCAGAAUAAGCAGUCUGCUUCACAAGCCUGAAUUCCCAGAUCCAGACAUGAUGGAGGUCCUUAUUUGAAGCAAUGGCAACUUUUUUUGCUUUUUAUGCAAGUGCCCACAAACCGCAAGAGGGGGGUGCUGUUGUUGGCUUCUCUUGUUUUCAUGCAGAACUUAGGAAUUCUGGAGAACAAAAUCAAGCUGGAACAAGAAAGUUUAAUCCCAGAAGGAAAGCCCAGGUGAAUUUUACUUUUUGAGACAAAGCACAGAGAGGGAUGUGAAAUGUUGGAAAUUGACGUUUGGAAUGUUUGCUGCGUACAAUCAAACAAGUUUUAGUCAAUGAAAUGUGGAUUUGAAAAUGCAAUAGCAACAAAACAUAGGAAUGAAACUGCAAUUUUUGUUGUGAAGAACAGAAUAUUUGGGGAAGGUGCAACUAGUGUGCCAAAUUUUCUCCUGCAACUAUCAAGACAGUAGCAUCACUCAUUGGUUUACUGGCACUGCUACAUUCUCCAUGUCAAAUGUCUUGUACUGCAUAUAUAUGUGGGACGAGGGAGCAGGACUUCCAGAUACAGAUUUUUAGAUAUGAUCCUACUUCCUUCUUCCUGCCUAAUUUUUGGUCUCCCUUCUAUCCUCUGUUGCUUCUAAGUCCUGCAGACAUGUAUAUGUCUGCCAUUGCGGGGAUAGGCUGUGGGAAGUAUAUAACACAUUCUUUCUGUAGCUUUCUGCCACUCUGCACCUAUAUUUAAUAUUUAUUAAGCAAGAACUGUAAGCUUGGUGCCAUUGGCAACACAGAAGCAGCAGUAGCAGAAGAGGGUUUUCAGCAGUAGUUCAUUGCACUCCAGAUUAACUGGACUGCAAAUCUCAUUAUUUCCAGCCAGUGCAGCCAUUGCUGUGCUGGCAGGAGGAGCAUGAAAGUUGUAGUUCAACCCAACCAGACAGCAACAAGUAAGGAGAGGCUGGUUUUGAGUCAAACACCGAGAUCCUUAAAAUGUUAUAUAUAAUCACCUAAACAUGUGAUUAGAGACCCUUCCAGAAGGGUGAUUGGGGACAAGAAACCAACCUACCAGUCAACCAGCUGAACAAAGCAUCCUGCAGCAUCUUGAAGACGAAUUCAUUGUGGGAUGGGAAUUCAUAAGCUAGAGGUGAUUUGGCUGGAGGCAUGUUUAGGGGAAAAAAACUUCUGUAGUACCCUACCUCUUAUAUUCUUAUUGUACCACUCUCUUCUUCUGUCAUCCGUUUGCCUGCUUGGUGUCAAUACUGCAGUGGCUACCUCUGUGAAGUGACCAGGGUUGUUGCAUCUGUCAGUCUUUUUUUGUGCCUGACUUCACUUUUCUCUCUGAAACUCUGAAUGUAAACAGAUUCACAGGCUCCAUUUGUCACAUUACUUUGGAUGCAGAAAAAGAAAAAGUGUUCAUUUAUUUUCUUUUUAGUGUCACUUAUAAACCUGCCCUGACGUAAGCUCUUCCAUUAAAGUACAUUUGUUUUAGCU